AUCGACCCUCGUGUGACUCGGACGUGUCCCGUUGACCCGCCGGCCUGUUUACAUUCUGUACACAGUGACUUCACCUUCUACCGUGUCUGUGAUUUAUUUAAAUAAUUUAUUAAAUUGUUAUUAGUUCGAAAUGGCAAACAACCGAGCGACCAAAUCAGGAUUUGCAGCUGAAGCCCAGAGAAAGAUCAACAGCAAAUACAGCGAGGAGCUGGCCCACGAGUCCUUGGAAUGGAUUCGGAUGAUCACCGGCGAACCAGAGAACACCUCAGGGGAUAUGGACAACUUCUACGAAGUGCUUAAAGACGGCACUCUUCUGUGCAAGCUAGCCAACAACAUCCACCCGAACAUGAUCAAAAAGAUCAACACAUCGUCGAUGGCCUUCAAGUGCAUGGAGAAUAUCAACGCUUUCCUCGAAGCCGCAAGACAGUUGGGUGUACCGGCACAGGAAACUUUUCAAACUGUCGACCUGUGGGAGAGACAGAAUCUCAACUCCGUCGUGAUCUGCUUGCAGUCACUGGGCAGAAAGGCUGGAACCUACGGGAAGCCGUCAAUAGGACCGAAAGAAGCUGAGAAGAACGUGCGAAACUUCUCCGAGGAGCAGCUCCGGGCUGGUCAGGGAGUCAUAUCUCUUCAGUACGGUUCAAAUAAGGGCGCCAACCAAAGCGGAAUCAACUUUGGUAACACGAGACACAUGUAAAACUGUCUAAACGUGCACAUUUGAAUGGCUUGUUACAAGCAUGCUAGAUGCUUCUAAGUCACUGUACUAAAAUUUAGGCGCGAAAACUUCUACAUUCUUAAUAACAGUCAUUCCUUACAAAAAAGUCUGUACUUAGAUUCCAAUAAUGUAGGUAAGAAUGACAUUUUGAAAAUAAAAGACGAAUCCUUUUUAUUUUUACCGUUGAUAUAACACCUAGUUCAUAAUAAGAUUUCAGUUAUGUUUGUCAUUCCAUUUAUAUUAAAAUAAUUAUUUAAGAUUUUACAAAACAAAAAAAGGAUAAUCGACCGUGUUUAAUCUUUAAAAACAUAUAAGUUAAUUAAAUAAAAUAGUUAUGUAAUGUUUAUAUUUUAACAUUCCUCAAAUUAAUUUUAUUGCUAUGAAAUUUAUAAUCUCAUUUAUAUCUUUAUAUAAUUAUAAGAAAUUUUCAAAAUUGAAAAAUUAAUAUUUGACCAUUACAAAAAUGAUUUACAUAUUUUGCUUCAUUUUUAACUUGUGCCAAUAAAUCAUAAAAUUUAUGAAUUGUAGAAAGAAUCCUGAUGUAACAUUUUACAUUGUACAUGUUAUAAUUUCUUUUUACUGUAAUUAAACUAUCGUGCCUUCAAGCCCUUUAAGGGCGAAGAUAAUUUGUCAAAAUUAAAAUGGUGUCUAACAUUUUUGGAUUGAUAAUCAGGGUUUCAAAAUUUAUUUAUUGUCUUCAAAAAUCAUUCCAUUUAAAGAAGCGUUAGGUCACCCUGUGAUUAAUAAUUUACUAUAAUAAUAUUAUUACUUAAAUAUCCACAUGUAUUUUCUCAUAUUAUUAGAUAUUAUUCUAUAGUUAUGUAUUUUACUGACGAUUCUAUAUUUAAGUAAGUUUCACUAAGUCCCGGCUUUUUGGAAGUACGUAGAAUAGAAUAAAAUUUAAUUAAGAA